AUGCAGGAGAGUGGAGCGCCAAAUAUAAAUACACGUGACGACGUUUCGCGUGUCGGCGUUUAUAUCUACUCUCUGUUCUGCUGUUGGCGACUGCUCUUUGAUAAGUCUCGUCAGCCUGUUCUGUCGACUGAUCUUUCGAAGUUCGUCUACGGUUGAUCUCAAACUUAUGUUGUGUGCGAGAUGUCAGUGAAGAUUGAAAAUGGGACAGACGCGGCUUACGAAAUAACCAAUGGAUCUCAGAACGAAAGCAGCAUGGUGUGCGUUUCUGUUCAAUGUGGCACUUUGAAGACGUUCGAAGAUUCCAACAUAGUGCUUUUAAAAAGUUGGUCCGAUGCAGAAGAUGACCCUUUGAACAAAGUCGAAGAGCUGUCCAACAGCAAGAAAAUUAGGCGCAAAGAAAAAAGGGACCUGAAGAGGAAAGCAGCAGCAGCCUCAUCAGAAGAGGUUGAAAUUAAACGGGUGAAAACUGAGAAAUGUGACUCGCCUGAUUUAGACAGUACGAAUCAAGACAAAUGUGUUAUCUUGGAUAAAGAUACUGUAUCAUUUUCUAAAGCGUCAAAAGACCUUCAAGCAUUAGCUUUCGACUCUAAGAAUCAGAAGAGUCCUGCAAAUGCCUUGAAGGUCCCCAGGCCAGGUUAUUCAGAUGAUAGAUUUAAUGAAACAUCUUAUUACUUUGAUGAAGGUUUACGUAAGGUAUAUCCUUAUUACUUUACUUUCACAACUUUCACAAAAGGUAGGUGGGUAGGUGAUACUAUUCUUGACGUGUUCUCUCGAGAAUUUCGGGCUCAUCCUUCUGAAGAGUACAAGCGUUGUAUUGAGGCUGGGUCACUAACAGUAAAUUAUGAUAAAGUGUCUAUAGAUUAUCAGUUAAAACACAAUGACCUGCUUGCUAAUAUUGUUCACCGUCAUGAAGUACCUGUUGUGGCCAGCCCAAUUGAAAUUGUCCACAUUGACAAGGAUGUUGUGGUAAUCAACAAACCAGCUUCCAUUCCUGUUCAUCCUUGUGGGAGGUAUAGACACAACACUAUAGUGUUUAUUCUUGCUAAAGAAUAUAAUUUAAAGAAUCUGCGGACCAUCCACCGGCUUGACAGGUUGACUAGUGGAGUAUUAAUGUUCGGAAGAACUGUUCGAAAGGCAUUAGAAUUGGAGGAGCAGAUUCGCAAUCGCUUAGUGCAUAAGGAAUAUGUUUGUCGUGUUGAAGGAGACUUUCCCUAUGAUGAAAUUGAAUGUACUGAGCCAAUAGAAGUUGUGAGUUAUAAAAUAGGUGUGUGUAAAGUAUCAUCAAAGGGGAAAGACUGCAAGACAACCUUCAAAAAGCUAGGAUACAACCCAAACACAAAUAUCAGUGUUCUGCGAUGUAUGCCUCAUACAGGAAGGAUGCAUCAGAUACGAGUGCAUUUACAAUAUUUAGGGUUCCCGGUCCUUAGAGAUCCUCUGUACAACCAUCCUGUUUUUGGUCCUGAAAAGGGGAAAGGAGGAAGAAUUGGGAAAUCAGAUGAGCAGCUAAUAAAUGAUUUAGUGCACAUUCACAAUGCAGAGAAUUGGCUUGGCCUUGAUGGCAAUGAAAGUGUCGCCAUGAUGUCAGUUCCUUUGAAUGAAACAUUAGAGGAUGAGGUUGAGGAAAGCCCAUCUGAGUGCAUUUAUUCAGACCAGUCAGCAAAGACAGAGGAACCUUCUUGCAAAUCAAUUUCAACUCAAACAAAUUAUGAAGAGCCAGAUCCCUAUUUUCAGAAAGAAAAACUCACUAAAGAGGCCACUUGUUCUGAAUGCAAAUUAAAUUACAGGGACCCUAAGCCCAUGGACUUGAUAAUGUAUCUCCAUGCCCAUCGCUAUGAAGGACCUAACUGGUCAUAUGAAACAUCAUUGCCACCAUGGGCAGAUGUCAAUUGGGUGGAAGAAAAAUGUCCAACCAAUGCCUGAGGAGUAGUUUAAAGGAAAAAAUUUGUUCCUGAAAUACUGUUUUGGUGUUAGAUUUGUCUUCUGUUUGUUAAUAGUAUGUACUUUUAUACACAUGAUUAAAAUUUUGCAUUAAAGUCCUCUUUUGAUUUUAUCAGUAUA